GAUUUCCUAAUUUGCAUUUCUCAGCCUCAAAAAUUGUCCUCAAAUCUGAAAGCAUAAUCUUAUAAAGGGCUCACACCUUUUCCUCCAUCUUCUCCAUAGCCUCGCUCAAUCGUCCCAACAACUUCUUGAGGAAUAAUUAUAAUGGGAGGCUGCGCGAGCAAACCCAAGGAUUCAGAGUUCCGCUCUGAGUACCGCCCUCCACGUGAGGUUCCUCCACCUCCCGCGCCCGAGAUGGCUGAGCCAGAGAACAAGCCCACCACUCAGGAGAAGAUUGAGAAUGAAGGUGAGCAAGAGAGAGACAGACAGGUUGAAGAACCAUUGGUAGAUCUUUCUAAACCAAAAAAUGAGGCUCCAAUUUUAUCGUUCUCAGCAGCUCCAGCUGCUACUGCUACCGAGGUAGUCGUGGCCAAAUUGAAGGAGGAGGAGAUUGAAGAGCCGAGGAAUGAGGCGACAGAUGACAAAUUAUCCAUGAAGGAAGAUAAAAAUGAUAUCGCGCCUCUUGUCCAAUUGAUGUAAAACUUCUUUGCCGUAACAUGCCAUAUGCAUUGGCAUCAUUUGAUUGAUUAAUUUAAUGUCUCCAGUUGCUAGGUCUCUUUGUAACAUUAAGUGCAACAAUUGAACAUACCAUUCUUUAGUAGUAAACUUGAUUUAUUGAUUUAUUUAUUUGUCUGUUUUGAUAAAUAAAUUGUUGUUUUCCUU